AGACAAAAAAAAGGUGGAGACUUUACAUCAUCAAAGGAGAGACCCACUUCAAUGUCGCUGCAGAAUCACUGGUGUUAGUGGUGGUGGGUUAGGAGGUCUUGUAGAGAGAAGAAGAUAGAACAAAAGGUGCUAGCUUUUUUCACCAAAUAAAAGAGCUUACUUAGAUUAGUGAGAACCCCCAAACCCAAAUCUUCUUCCUUUCUUUCUCUUUAAUCUAGGAAGAUGGGCUCUGCGGCGCAUUUUAGCAACGAGAGGGUGUUCAGAGGGUUUCUUGUUUGGUUCUGCUGGUGGGGAUUGCUCUCUCUAACAUGCGUAACAGGGAGGCUCAGUGUCUCAAGUCAGAACUUGGAAGUGCACAAACACUUGAAACGAUUGAACAAACCAGCCGUUAAGAGCAUUCAGAGUCCAGAUGGAGACAUAAUAGACUGUGUUCAUAUCUCCAAGCAACCAGCUUUUGACCAUCCUUUCCUCAAAGAUCACAAGAUUCAGAUGAAUCCUAGUACAGUCCCUGACCUGCUGUUUGGUGAGAACAAAGUGACUGAGAAACCAAAAGAGAGAAUCAAUCCAGUCACUCAGUUAUGGCACCAGAGCGGAGUGUGUUCCGAAGGAACAAUACCAGUGAGGAGGACAAAGAAAGAAGAUGUUCUGAGAGCAAGUUCUGUUAAACGCUACGGUAAGAAGAAGCACCGUACUGUUCCCCUGCCUCGUUCUGCUGAUCCUGACCUCGCCAACCAAAGUGGUCAUCAGCACGCUAUAGCUUAUGUGGAAGGAGGCAAGUUUUACGGAGCCAAGGCGACGAUAAAUGUUUGGGAACCCAAAGUACAGAGCCCAAAUGAGUUCAGCUUGUCUCAGCUGUGGAUUCUUGGUGGUGCUUUUGGUCAAGACCUCAACAGCAUUGAAGCUGGUUGGCAGGUUAGUCCGGAUCUAUAUGGUGAUAACAAUACAAGACUCUUCACAUACUGGACGAGUGAUGCUUACCAAGCUACUGGCUGCUACAAUCUCCUUUGUUCCGGUUUUAUACAAAUCAACAGUCAAAUAGCAAUGGGAGCUAGUAUAUCUCCAGUAUCUGGCUUCCAUAACUCCCAAUACGAUAUCAGCAUUACCAUUUGGAAGGAUCCGAAAGAAGGGCACUGGUGGAUGCAGUUUGGAGACGGAUACGUGUUGGGGUACUGGCCAAGCUUUCUGUUCUCGUACUUAGCAGACAGUGCGUCGAUAGUGGAAUGGGGUGGGGAAGUAGUGAACAUGGAAGAAGACGGUCACCAUACCACCACUCAAAUGGGAAGCGGUCUGUUUCCUGAUGCAGGGUUCUCGAGAGCAAGUUACUUUCGGAAUAUUCAAGUUGUUGAUCGCUCUAAUAACCUGAAAGAACCGAAAGGGCUCAACACUUUCACUGAGAAGUCUAAUUGCUAUGAUGUUGAGGUUGGUAAGAAUGAUGACUGGGGGCAUUAUUUUUACUAUGGUGGCCCUGGAAGAAACCCUAAUUGUCAGUAGAUGGUGAACAGAAGAAACAAGAUGAUGAUGAUUGAUGAAGAUGUAGAGUAACACUUGUGCUGUGUGGAAAUAUCGUUUUUGUUGAUUUAUUCUUACACUAUCUGGUUUUUCAGAACACUUUUUGUUUUGGUUUCUAGGUUUUGGUUAGGUAUUAGUUGCGGUUUUUGGGGGUUCUUACUUGUUACUUGGGUUGGAAGAGACCAAGUGUGACUGCAGUUUGUAAGUGUGGAAGAGAUUUUGAGAAGUCUUGUCUCUUGUAACCUUGAAGACAAGGAGGUUGCAGAGCUUUUGGGUUGUUUUUUAGAGUCUUUCCUUUUGGUGCAUUUGCUGCUUAUUGAAAAGAGAAUUUGUAAGUGGGAAAGAGAGAGCUUGAACAAGUUUGUUUGUAGUUUGUAAUUGUGAAAGAGAGAAUCUGUUUAGUCUUA